UUCCUUAUGUUCUCCCUUUUCCCCUUCGCCCUAGCUUCCGUCCUCAUUAGUUGAUGAUCGAUCUGCAAACAACUCGUCAAUCCUCUCAUCAAUCCGGACGCACACGCACACAUCCCGCAAAUCCAUCUCGAGCCAGAGCUGUCGCGCUCCGCCUGGCCAUUCCGCCAAUUUCCGCCCUUCAGGACAUUGCUGGUGGUUUCAACACUUUGAUGCUCGAUUCUCUCUCUUUCUCUCCCUGUGGGUGUAUGUGCUUGGGUGUUUGUGUGUAUACCAAGUGUUAAGUUUGCCUACUUUUAUCAGAAGCAGGAGGAAUAAUCUAUUAUGGAACUAGCAGAUAGAGCAGUUGGCUUGCUUUUGUCGGUCAUUAGCUUGUCAAUAUUCACUUAUUAUACCUUCUGGGUUAUAAUCCUGCCUUUUGUUGACAGUGACCAUUUUGUGCACAAGUACUUUCUGCCUCAGGAAUACGCCAUUCUCAUUCCCGUAUAUGCUGGUGUGGGACUCAUCUGCUUCCUUUCUGUGUUUAUUGGAUAUGUGAUGCUCAAAUCCAAAAAGAAAAAGGCAUGAGAUGAAACCUGAGCAAAAGUAUGUUGAUUGAAUUGAGUUUAUUCUGCAUUUACUUGACGUAAUUUCUCACCUUAGUGGAUGGUACAAAUAUAUGCUUGCAUAAAGUUUGCCCUGGCUCCUGUUGUUCUUCUAACCAAGAAACCUUAGCUGAUUGAACUUUGAUAGUUUUAACCCAAUAAUAUAUUGUCUACUGUACUCUUUUGUUUCCAAUGAUGAGAUCAGCACGGGUUGUUUGUCUAAGUAAUAAAGAUUGAGAUGUCCUUGAGUAUGCAUGCUAACAAAUGAACUUUGAGCA